AUGCGUGAAAUUAUUACUGUGCAAAUAGGAGGCGCUGGCAAUGCCAUCGGAGAUGCUUUUUGGAACGUUAUAACCCACGAACAUGGCAUAGACUUUAAAUCUGGGCGUUUUUGUGGCACUAGUCAAUUACAGCUGGAACGCGUGAGCGUGUUCUUCAAUGCUACAGCUAGUCAAAAGUUUUAUGCCCGCGCAAUAUGCGUUGAUACUGAGCAAGGACAAUUGCAAAAGUUAUUCGGUAAGAGUGAUAUAUACAGACCCGAAAACUUCGUUUCUGGUACAGAGAGCGCCGGUAAUAGCUAUGCGCGUGGAUUUCACACUGAUGGUGCCGCCAUUUUAGAAGAUGUUUUAAAUAACAUUCGGCGGGAAGCCGAAAGUGUGGAUUCGCUACAAGGUUUUCAAUUAAUUCACUCGAUUGGCGGUGGCACUGGUUCUGGAUUGACGGCGUUGAUAAUGGCGUCUCUUGUCGAUGAAUACCCCGAUAAUCUUAUUUCGAACUAUGUAGUCAUACCAUCAGAGAAAAUGUCACACGUCGUCGUAGAGCCUUACAAUGCGGCAUUAAGUAUUCCAUCGCUGGUGAAUUUUUCACAUUUGACAUUUUGUUUGGAUAAUGAGGCCUUAUACCAUAUUUGCUCACAAAAUUUACGCAUAUCAACGUCCACUAAUGAACAUAUUAAUCAUAUAGUGGCCUUAACAAUGUCUGGCAUAACAACAUGCUUACGAUUUCCAGGUCAAUUGAACGCAGGUCUUAGAAAAAUUUAUGUUAAUAUGGUACCAUUUCCGCCUCUUCAUUUUCUUAUACCGGGAUUUGCACCUUUGAUAUCUCCUAAACAACAACAAUACAAUAAGGGCACAGUAUCUGAACUUGUGCAACAGAUAUUCUCAUCCAAUAAUUUAUUAUGUGCGGUGGAUUUAAGGCAGGGCAAAUUAUUAACAGCAGCAGGUAUAUUCCGAGGUCGAAUGUCACCGCGAGAAGUGGAUCAGUUAAUGACUAAUGUACGCAACAAAAAUAUCAACCAUUUUGUUGAAUGGAUUCCGAACAAUAUUAAAACGGCUAUUUGCGAUAUUCCACCACGCGGACUGAAAAUGUCGGCGACAUUUAUUGGAAAUACUACGGCUAUACAAAAAAUGUUGAAAAGAAUUCUCGACUCGGCCACCGCAAUGUACAGACGCAAGGCUCAUAUGCAUUGGUAUACCGGAGAAGGUAUGGAAGAAGAAGAAUUGACUGACGCAUUUGAACAAUUGAAAGAACUUAUAGACACUUACUCCAGAAGCGCCGCCGAUGAGAUGGAUGAAGCUCAAGGGGAAACCCAUGUCAGUUGUGCUUUCUGUCCAAAGUUAGCGGGAGAGAAAUAG